AUGUACCAUUACGCAUGUAUGGACACAGUUAUACGACUACCACCAUAUAAUCCCGAUUUAAAUCCUAUUGAAUUGAUAUGGGCUACAGUGAAGAACAGAGUUGCAGAUCGAAAUAUCACAUUUACUUUAGAUGACGCACAGCGAAUAGCGGAGGAGGAAUUUUCAAAUAUAACACCACAUGACUGGAAGAAACGAUGUGAUCAUGUCAUCAAAAUUGAAACGGAAUAUCUGGAACGGGAAGAUAAAGUAUACGCGAUAUCUGAAGAAUUUAUUAUUAACAUCGGGAAUGAUGACACCGAUAGUGACAGUGACAGUGAUGUGGGAGAUAGCGAGUCCUUACCUUCCUAA